UGUUAAUUAAUUCGCUCAAUCCAAUAUUCUUCUUCACAUUCCAUCCUCUCUCCAUAAUAAUAAAAACCAAAAGUCUUCUAAAUCAUAAUCAGUUUCCCCAUCACAGAGAAAUGGAUUCCAUCAACUUCGUCAAAGGAUACGGCAAAGUAACUGUAAAUCCCAACAAUCUCGAAAAUCAAACCCAAAAACCUUCUCACAAACGACGUCGUCUAAUCGCCAUCUCAGCCCUUCUCUUCCUCUCUUUGGCCAUCGGCCUAGUCAUCGGAGCCCUAAUCCACGAGUCAGCCACCGAGUCACCGGAAUUGCCGUCACUCGCCUCCAACUCGGCCGACUCAACGAUCAGAACCAUCUGCAACUUCACGCGCUUCCCCGACGCGUGCGUCUCCAGCAUGACCGCCGCCAACAACCCCCCCGAGUCCGAUCCGAAAGCCCUUCUGAAGCUCUCCGUCGAAGUCGCCAUCACCGAGACCUCGAAGCUCUCGUCGGCGCUCGAAUCGAUGAACUCCGGCGACGCGGCGACGCGCGAUUGCCGCGAUCUGGUGGAGGAGGCGCUGAGUCGACUCAACGAUUCGGCGGUCGCGAUCGUGGUGGGACCGGGGAAGGGGGAUGAUCUGACGGCGGAGAAGAUGAAGGAUCUGCAGACGUGGAUCGGCACGGCGGCGACGGAUGAGGAGACGUGCUUGGAUGGGUUGGAGGAGACGGGAUCGGCGGUUUUUGAUGAGGUCAAGGCGAAGAUGGAUAAGUCCAAGGAGUACAUUAGCAAUGCUUUGGCAAUUGUGGCUAAUUUCCACGCUAUUCUUGACAAGCUCAAGAAUACGGUUCAUCGAUAGAAACGAAAAUUUGUACAUAUAUUUUUGAAGGAGGAUUGAUGGAUGGAUGGAGAAGAGUGGAGGGAGAGUCCAAAUCAGUUUUUAGUUGGAAGGAAAUGGGAAGGGAGAGGAGAUGUGGAGAGAUGGGGUGUGUUUGGUAAAUGGAUCCAGAAUUAUAAUUU